AUGUGACAAAAAGCAUGCCUUGAGGCUGGUUUAGGGACUAGGAACGUGGGUGCAAUGGAUCAACAUCUACCCUUUGGCACCGAGCAACCAGAACUAGAUGUAGUCAUUGUCGGGGCGGGCCUGUCGGGCCUCACAUCGGCCGUGAAGCUGCUGGCCAAGGAGACCACAUUGAACAUACGGAUCCUCGACGAGAACAGCCAUCCCGGCGGCCAGCUGGGACAGACUGGAAGUGGAUUCCGAUACGUCGAUGAGGAGCAGCACGAUAUGCUGGCCUUUAUGAACGACAUGCAGGUGCUGCCCCGGAACAGGCGCUGUGCAAAUGCGGAGCUGCAACGUUGCUGGUCACUGGAUCGGGGACCAACAGCGCAGCCUGCGAAGUUCGAGCUGUGUCGCUACAUCCAAAUGCUGAACCUACGGAUGGGCAGGUUUCGCUCGAAGAAGUUUAUCCUGCGGGAGCGUGUGCCCAGCAUGGAGCGGCAUAUAACUAGCAACUUGUUCUUCAGCAAGUCGCGCAGCUUUAUGAGGAAUUUCGUGGAGCUGGUCUGCGGUGUACAUGCCAGAGCAGUGGAUUACGACACCUUCAUGUCCGUGUGCAGCUCUUGCGGCGGUCUGGCCGUACUCCUAGACUUCUACUUUAACUUUCCGAACACCUUCUUGGAGCUCUCCACCCAGAAGCUGAUUGAGAGCAUUCUGGAGAAGAUUCAGUACAUAACGAUCACCCAGAACGUUCGGGUUGUCAGGGUGCAGCACUUCAAGGACUAUGUGGAGCUGACAGAUGCCCUGGGGGAGAAGUACACCGCGCAGGCGCUCAUUCUGGCCAUUCCCUGGAACAAAGUGGAGCGGAUUCAGUUCGAGCCUCCGAUCCCCAAGGAUUUCUGUCCACCGCCCAAAGCGAAGCUCAAGCCUGGCCGCCUGAUCACCCAGUUCUCCCUGAGCUACAGCAAGUGCCACUGGGCGGAGGCUGGCUACUCGGGCAACUUUCUCAGCUCGAAGCCUCUGGUGUGUGGCCACGAAUGCCGCCAGGCCACGUACUGCGGCUACAUGGUGCACUCUGCGCAGGAGUCGGACAGUGUGCGGCAGACAGUCCUGGAUCUUCUCGCCUCGCACUACGGUGAUGAGAUGCGGGAACCCCUGAAGUAUCAGCAGAGCACCACAGAGCUGAGCAUGGCGCGGCACAAGCCACAGGUGACGCCCUGGCAUCGGGUCAUCUGGUCCAGCUCCUCGGCGGUGGCCACCAACUAUCGCAGCCUCAUGGGUGGUGCCGUCCAGAGUGGUGUUCGGGCUGCUGUCAGUGCGCUGUUUGUGGUGCGACCUCAGCUCGUUAGCUGGGUGGAUAUGCUCGAAGUGCGUGAAACGAAUCCCUACGAAAGGUGCCGCCCGCCCGACCGUCUCAGCAGCCUGCUCAGUCGCCUCAACCUCUACAAUGUCACCUUCUACAGCUUCUUCAUUCUGGGCCUCCUCUGGCUGCUCAAAAUAGGCUACUGUCACGCCAUUCGUACGCACUCUUCCUCCUAGAUGUGAAAUUAAAGUAUCCAAACUGCCAGGUGAUGGGAAUGUGAA